UUGCAGUGUAUAACAAUCGUGGCAAGUGAAGAAAGCAAGGAUGGCGAUGGAUAAGAUUAUUAAACCAGAGGAGAAUGAAUUCAUUUCACCUCUUGUCAAUUUCAAAACAUUCGGACAGGUCGCACGGAAACAACGAGAUUGUCUGCGAAGUGUUGUUGCAUUGGAACCGUUAUUCGAGUUCAGUUAUCCAGUUGAUAUGCCGGAAGCGCCGUCACACGUUCAUAAACGUGUACUGCUUGAAUGCGAAGUUGUAGAUGAUAACGAAACAACAGCUGCAAAAUUACAAAAGAUAUUCGGUAUACAGGAUGAUGGUGCGAGAGAUAUGGUUUCUAAUUUGGAUGUCAAUCAUUUCGCUUUGCUAAAUAAACGAGAUAUAUUCUUUCGGAAGAAAGUUGACCUUGAAGAUAUACCUAGCGAUACGAAACUGGAAACUUUGAAAUUGAAAAAAAAAGUGUUGGAUAUGUUUAAUCCUAUCAAGAAGAAACCAGCGGGUCCUUACGAUGAUCCCCGGCAGCGUGAACAAGAUCUGAAGAUGAGACGGAAUAUACAGCAGAGCAUGUGCUACGGUAGUACUGUACUCAAAUAUGGUGACUAUUAUGAAAAUGAAAUGAGACACUGCCGAAAUGAUGGAUAUAAGCAAUCAGUAGUAAAUGAUAUCGUAGUAACGGUGGUUAUUUGUAAACCAUACAACAAAGCUUUGGAGUAUUUAGAAAAACGAAACGCAACGUUGCGUCCAUACUGGCGAUUUUUGUUACGGGGUGAAACAUCUUUGCUUGAGUUGCACAGUUUAUUUCGGUGUACCGCAGAUUAUGGGACUGCAGUGGACGAAGACAAACUGCCACAGCUGCAUGAAUUCAACAUGUUCAAAUAUCCGUCGUCAUUCUUGUUUAUCCAUGAUACAUUUUAUAUAGCGGAAACCUAUGCUGGAUCCAAGGAAACACUGUCACAAAUCGACAAUUCAAAAAUUGAACCUCACAUUGAUAUUUCAGAGCCUAUACGUGAAUGGAUGAAAAGAAAACCAAAAGAUUUUGGUCCAACACAAGUCAAAAGUCUCAGUGAAGGCAAGGUUAAAGAUUUGGUAUGUCGUCUUGGAUAUCCUUAUGUUUAUGUUCACCAGGGUAACUGCGAGCAUGUCUUUUUUUUCACCGAUUUACGAUUGAUGGAUAUACAAGAUUAUCCAAUCGACUUUCCUCAAAAAUUAUCCGACACAAGUCUGGAAAACUACUGCAUUACAUGCCAUAAACGGAUUGCGGACUGGAUAGUUGAAAGUGAAAGUUUCCCGAUAAGUCCAGCUCAUAUGUGCGAUGACUGCUAUCGAAGCUUCCAUUAUAUUCUCUCUUAUCGUCGGAAUAUCGACUCUAGAGCAUAUGUUUAUAUGGACCCAUCCAUCUUGCAGUACUAACAAGCCGUUCUUAUCUGUUCCAUCUAACUAAUGCUAGUAAUAGUGUCGUGUAUUUUGCUGUAUGUGCUCUAUUUAUAUUUGAUUUCUUCCCAAAUUCUCAAAACGAAAACAAACUCAAAUGAAACUGG